AUGCCCGACCACAUCAACUUUGUCACCGGCAACGCCAACAAACUCCGCGAGGUUCAGGCGAUCCUCGAGCCGGGAAUCAGCGUCCACAGCCAGCCCCUUGAUGUCGAGGAGGUCCAGGGCACUGUGGAAGAGGUUACCAUUGCCAAGACUCGCAAAGCAGCGGAUCUUGCUGGUGGCCCCGUCCUCGUUGAAGACACUGCUCUCAGCUUCAACGCCCUUGGCGGCCUUCCCGGGCCCUACAUGCAAGUAUAUUCCUGUUGUUCCAAAACUGGGCUUGAUUUACGCCUCAACAACCUCAUCGCUGCUUAUGAGGACAAGUCAGCCGAGGCCAUCUGUACAUUCGGCUACUCAGCCGGUCCAGGACAGGAGCCCGUACUCUUCCAGGGUCGUUGCCCAGGCAAGAUCGUUCCCGCACGCGGACCGUCAAAUUUUGGUAAUUUUCUCUUCAGUAAAAUCCCCUCGUACAUUGUAUCAAAGCUUACAGUCGCAGGAUGGGACCCGUGCUUCGAAUUCGAGGGCAAGACGUUCGCUGAAAUGGAUGGUGCAGAGAAGAACAAGAUCUCCCACCGAGCACGUGCCUUGAAGAAGCUGCAGGACUGGUUCAAGGAGCAGAACGCAGCCUAA